AUAUUAACUACUAAUUAGAGCACGAACUUUAUGUGGUUGCUACGAACUCUUGUCAAUAAAAAUAUCACAAGACUCGGAUGCGCCUGGAUCACGUAUAAUUGUGAAACAACGAGACACAAUGAACUGAAUGAACAACAAAUUGAUAUAAAAUACCUAACCUAUAAAAAUUUAAAUUUGAAAAAAAAAACAAAUAAAUAAAUUCAAUAUUUAUCCUAAAACCCGUAGGAAUUUAAGAUAGUCCCUUAUGCAAUAAUCAAGUAUUUAAUUUUGAUUAUCUAGAUUCUGGAUUGGAGUAUUCAGUUCAUUAAACUAGAGAAAUGCAGCAAACUAGUGCACCAACAUCAGCUGAUGCCUGUUUAAGUAUUGUUCACAGUUUAAUGUGUCAUCGUCAGGGAUGGGAGAGUGAAGGAUUUGCUAAACGAGCUAUCGAAUCUUUGGUUAAAAAACUUAAGGAAAAAAGAGAUGAACUAGAUAGUCUAAUUCUAGCUAUAACUACAAAUGGUUCACAUCCAAGUAAAUGCGUGACCAUACAAAGAACAUUAGAUGGACGAUUACAAGUUGCUGGACGUAAAGGUUUUCCACAUGUUAUAUAUGCUAGAAUUUGGCGAUGGCCAGAUUUACACAAAAAUGAGCUCAAACAUUUAAAAUACUGCCAAUAUGCUUUUGAUUUAAAAUGUGAUUCUGUUUGUGUAAAUCCGUAUCAUUAUGAGCGAGUUGUAUCUCCUGGUAUAGAUUUAAGUGGCCUAACACUCCAAAGUGGUACACCUACUAACGGUUCUGGUAGAAUAAUUGGUUUAAGAGAUGAGUAUACAGCUGGCGGAGGAGGAAUUUCUCCUUCACCACCAGGUUCUAGUCAGGUUAGCAGUUCCAAUAUGGAUAGUGAUGUAUCUGGAAACAGCCCAGCUGUAACUGUACAACACCAUUUACCACCUUUGUAUCACCAACAAAAUCCAGUUUCUGAUGUAUCUCAACAACCAACUGUAUCUCAAGCUGCUGGAGAUAUUGGUAUGUUUCGGCCUACUCAACAGCAGCAGCAACGUCCUAGUCAUCAAAUCGGUAUAAAUUCUCAAGUGCAGGUUAAGACUGAAUGUAAUAGUUGGAUGCCACCAGUUACACCAUCACAUAUUUCCCCCAAUAUUUCAGGACCACCAAAUAUGCCACUUCAAAAUCAAAGUAUGUUUCCAGGACAAGACGAAGAAAACUUGUUACCCAGUCAAACAAUGACACCUCAUGAUUAUCAAGGACCAACUGCUACCAUGCCUGGUACUACAACAGGUAAUCGGCCAGUACAAAGUACACUUACUUAUACACAUUCAAUGCAACCUCCUCAUCCAACAUUCUGGGGAGUAUCUGAAAUGGGAUUAAGUGGAUUAUUAUCAUCACAGCCAGCUCCUGAAUAUUGGUGUUCUAUUGCUUAUUUUGAAUUGGAUACUCAAGUUGGUGAAACAUUUAAAGUAUCAUCAACUUGUCCACAUGUGACUGUUGAUGGUUAUGUUGAUCCAUCUGGAAGUAAUCGAUUUUGUUUGGGAGCACUUAGUAAUGUUCAUAGAACUGAGCAAAGUGAAAAAGCUAGAUUACAUAUAGGAAAAGGCAUUCAACUUGAUCUUAUCGGAGAAGGUGAUGUUUGGUUAAAAUGUCAGAGUGAUCAUUCAGUAUUUGUACAAUCAUAUUAUUUGGAUAGAGAAGCUGGUCGAGCACCAGGAGAUGCAGUUCAUAAAAUUUAUCCUCAUGCAUAUAUUAAAGUUUUUGAUUUAAGACAGUGUUAUAGACAAAUGCACCAACAAGCUGAAUCAGCUCAAAAUGCUGCUGCAGCUCAAGCAGCUGCAGUUGCAGGACAUAUAGCAGGACCUCAUAGUGUAGGAGGUAUUGCUCCAGCUAUAAGUUUAAAUACUGCAGCUGGUAUUGGAGUAGACGAUUUAAGAAGAUUAUGCAUAUUAAGAUUAAGUUUUGUAAAAGGUUGGGGUCCAGAUUAUCGGCGAGGUAGUAUUAAAGAAACACCAUGUUGGAUAGAGGUACAUUUACAUAGAGCAUUACAACUUUUGGAUGAAGUAUUACACUCUAUGCAAAUUGACGGUCCAUCAAGAGUUUGAUUUAAAUGAGAAACUCCAAGUAUUUAAUUGUAGUAAGUUAUAUUUUAAGAAGUGAACAUGGUGAUUUGUUUAAAAUCAAGAAAAAUUAUCUAUUUUAUUACUGUUGUCUCAAAUUAUGUUUGACAAAUUAUUUGGAAACUUACAUUUUAUUAGUGGCCUGCUAAAAGUUGGUUUACUUAUUUUUAUUUAAAUUUAUUUAGUUCUAAUAACUACAAACAUCUAGUUCCAAGUUAUGAUUAAAAUUUCAUAAAUACUAAAAGUUA